AUGCCUCCAAUGCAUAAGUACAACCUACCGCGCCCCAAGAUCUCAACGUCUUCUCCAAGCAUCCAAUCUGUCUCAUCUGGCAUCCGCCCUCGAUCCCUAGCGCCUUUGCCCUCAAACUCUCACAUCGGCAUCAUGUCUGCGACUCAUCUUCCGAACGGCUACAAGUCGUUCGGCCCGAAGGCCAACUGUACUCUCGAGGUGUGCCCGCUGGAGGCUAGUCUUCUACGUUAUCGCCCAUCGGUGCCAGUCAACGGAACGUUCAUCGGGCUCUUUGCCCUGGCUAUGAUCAUACAUACUAUCCAGGGGCUUCGAUCAAAGAACUGGGGGUUCAUGGCUAGCAUGAUUGGUGGAUGUCUACUCGAGAUCGUUGGCUACGUCGGAAGACUAAUCCUCAACGACAACCCAUUUUCUUUUGGCGGGUUUCUUCUGCAGAUUAUCUGCAUUACUGUCGGUCCAGUCUUCUUCUGUGCUGCCAUCUAUGUCAUGCUAUCCAAAGUAAUCAUCCACGUCGAUCGAUCGAUCUCUAGAUUCAACCCGAAAUUAUGCUACUUUGUCUUUAUCCCGUGCGACAUCGUAUCGCUUAUUCUACAAGCAACUGGCGGUGCCCUAUCCAGCAUUGCGAGCGAUAAGGCAGCCGUGCAAAGGGGCGUCAAUGUCUCGUUAGCCGGGCUGAUCUUCCAGGUUGUCUGCCUAGUCGCCUUUUGUGCUCUCUUCGCGGACUACCUCAUUAUCUGCAUGAGGACAAACGCUCGACAACGCAUGACGAAAAACAUGAAGAUCUUCUUGGCAUUUCUCUUCAUCUCUACUAUUCUGAUCUUGGUACGAUGCUCUUACCGUAUCGAGGAACUGAAGGAGGGAUACUUCAGCCCAAUGUUCCGCGAUCAACCCUUGUUCAUUGGACUCGAAUCUUCUGUCAUGGUAGUUGCAGUAUUCUGCUUGGUCAUCGGGAACCCUGCGAUUGGCUUCAGCACGACCGGGGAGAGAAAAGAAUCGACCGCGUCAGAAGCGUUCGAUCACCUCCCAUCGCGGCAGGAUAGCAUGCCUAUGGAGAUGAGCGGCAGAAAGGACACGCUGCCGGGCUCGAUCAAUGUAUGA